AUGAACCAAGGUGACACUGGUUUGCCUGGAUCUACUGGCAGCGUUGGAGACACAGGAUUUAUGGGAAGAACAGGAGUUCCUGGAGAUACGGGAUCAACUGGAAAUACGGGAUGGACAGGAAGAACUGGUCAACCAGGUAUGACAGGAUCACCUGGAUUGACAGGUGUUACGGGAUCUCAGGGAUAUACUGGAUUACCGGGAUAUACUGGAGUACCGGGAUAUACUGGAUUACCGGGAAAUACAGGAUUACCGGGGCUCAUGGGACAACCGGGAAAACCGGGACCUCCAGGAAUUCAGGGUGCAACCGGAGGAAUUGGAUUUACUGGCCAAACUGGUGUGACAGGUUUACAAGGCCCAUCUGGAUAUACGGGAGCAACAGGAGUGAAUGGUUCACAGGGGUCGAGAGGAAUCACAGGAAAUACUGGGGUAUCUGGUCCACAAGGCGAUACAGGAGCCACCGGAGCAACAGGA